CGGACCUUAGCGGGGGGGGGGGGUAUAUAUACUGUCCACUUGCGGGAUGGAGUGAGAAGGCGCCGGGGAAUCGCAGACCAACAGCUAAUCCUCACCGUUGGCAGCCAAGACAUAAGCAGCGCACUAAGGCAACAAGCAUCCUAACACGUUCGGCCAAGGAUGGAGUUCAUUCUGCCAGCCACCCUCCCCGCUACUGGCAUCCCAUGGGAGAAGCUCCUGCCGCCUCUCAUCCCGCGGCUAAACGGGAUUUAUGGACAAUACACUCUGACGCCAGAAAUACUCAUUCCAGACGCUGACCAAACUUGCUUUGCAGAGGUGAACUGUGACCAGAGUGGAUUUACAGUUCAGGUCAAUGUUAAGCUUUUCAACCCGGAGGACCUCAUCGUCAAAGUGACAGGAGACUUUGUGGAAGUGCAGGGAAAACACGAAGAGAAGAAGAAGGAUGGUCCUGGAUCGAUAACACGGCAGUUCAACCGUCGUUACCGUAUCCCUAUGGGAGUCGACACCAUGGCUUUGGAGUCCGCCGUCUCUCCAGAUGGCAUUCUUAUCAUAUCUGCCCCUCUGCUGCCGAUCAAAACCGCCACAUCGCUUGACCAAUCACAACAAUAACAAACAUAUGCAAGCUUUUUCCAUUCUUACCACAGAAAGAGAAAUCACAACUUAAUAUGAUCAUACAAGCACAAAAUAGAAGCACAUUAGGCGCUACCAACUGCAGUAACACUGUGUGCCAAAACACACAUUAGUGAUGUUCCUGGCACCAUGCAAGAACUCAUUGCUCUCCAAAGCGUUUGUAUAUACUGUCCUGCAAGAAUGCCUCCUAACGUUCAAGGAGGUUGUCAUUGUAAAUAUUCUGUACUCACACUUCAAAUGAUUUGUUUCAAUCAGCUCAAGGAAUGUAAAAUAUAUUGUAAUGUUACUGUUUGAAAUGACUGAUGAUGCACAUAGACAUGUCUGAAGUUUUUGAUGUGAGGACAUUUCUGUCAACAGAAGUAUAAAUGCAGUUUAUUUAUGUAUAAAAUAAAAUUUAAAAAAAAAUUUU